UGAACGCAGCUCGCGGCAGUAGCCUCGCGAGGGCUGAAAAAAAAGUAAAUGUUGUCUGUGAUUCGUUAUCUGUACUAGUGACAUAAUGGUGUGCAAAAUAGCGCCAAAAGUUGACAGCCCUUCCCACAGAGUGAAUGGAGAAGCUCAAGAUGCUGCCGAGAUAGCCGAUUAUGAAACUGCGUUAGAUGCAGCCGGCUACGGCCGCUUCAGUCGGAGCGUGCUGGGGGCGUGCGCCUGCGCAUUCUUCACGACAGGCGUGCAGAACUGCGUGAUGUCAUAUGUAUUGCCUGCUGCUAGGUGCGAAUUGCAACUCACUACGUACCAGGCUGGGCUGAUUAAUAUGGCUUUCAUGAGUGGUGGUGUAGCAAGUGCAUUCUUUUGGGGUAUAGUAGGAGAUGUAUUUGGAAGAAAGAACAUGCUCAGCAUGACACUACUUAUAGAUUCUACUUUACUACUAGCACAGAGUACAGUAUCAGAUUAUAGACUACUGUUGGCAGCGAGGUCUAUUAACGGGUUUUUAGUGGGAGCACCAUCAACCCUUGUGUUCCCGUAUCUGUCAGAUUUAGUAGGGGUGAAAAAACGACAAUUUUAUCUCGACUUGACUGGCAUGAGCUUUGUGGCUGCGUGGCUUUUGCUACCAGCUGUCGCCUGGCUAGUUAUCCCCUUCAAACUGGCUUCCUACUCCCACCUCCCCAUCCACUCGUGGAGGCUGUACAUUGCCCUGGGCAGCAUUCCAGGGUUCGUCUCGGGGCUCUGGGUGUUAUUCCUGCCUGAGAGUCCCAGGUUACUGACUGACACUAGCAGGGGAGAUGACGCUGUGAAGAUUAUGGGUGAUAUUUGUAGGGGAAAUGGAGGGGGUGAAUAUAAGAUAAAGAAGAUAAUCCAAGACAACAUAUUCGUAGCCAAAUCACUGAAUGGUGAAGAGAGUAGAACAAAGGCUUUAUUUGUGAGCGUGUUGAAAGAUCUAAAGAUGUUUGUGUCUAAAGCCUAUGCGGUGAAGUCUUCGUUGAUACUCUUCGUCUUCUUCGCUAAUAUGGCUGCUGGUUUCGGCCUAAACCUCUGGAUACCAGAACUGCUCCUGCGCACUCAAGGCAAAGAUUGCAGAUCAGAACCAGAACAGGCGAAACUUUUGAACACUACGUGGAAGGGAAAUUACGUGGAGCGGCAUAAUGGCAGCUAUAACGAGCCCUGUGAUGGAAUUAUUGACGAUUCUGUAUUCACAUCAGGCCUCAUCGUCGGGGCAGUGUGCCUCUUGGGCAACAUAACUUGCAUCCUCUCAGCUCGGGGCAGUGGGGCACUUGGCAUCCGUCGCUCCUCUGCCCUAUGUGCUGGCGCGUGUGCACUCGCUUGCUGCGUGCUAGCGGCUGGCGCGUGUAGCUGUGCUGGGACAGUUGCUGUGGCAGCUGCGGCUGUGUUAAACGCGGCUUCGUUGAAUGGGAAUGUACUGCUUAUUAGGUUACUGUUACAUGCGCUACCGGCUAAGUUGAGCGGUCUGGGCGUGUGUUGGGGCGCGUGGUGGGGCCGGUUUGGCGGCGUGGCGUCCAACCUGGCGGUCGGCGCGCUGCUCGACUACUCCUGCCCCGCGCCUUUCCUCGCCGUCGCCGCGCUGCUCACACUAUCAAUCGGUGCCAUAAUGAUGAUUAAGUUGGAAACUACAGACGAAGAGAAGACUGAAGAAUUCCCAGACAAGGGCUUUGAGAGAUACAUCUCUACACAUAUGUAGUUUUAUAAUACAAUUGUGGAAUAUUUCCAAUCGGAAAAUUAUGUAAAAAAUGUUGUGUGGUUUUAUGAAACCACAGUAAAAGUGAAACUUUUUUUCACAUUAUAGACAUUUAACUAAAAAUUAUCGUAU